AUGACACAGUUUGCAGAGUGCAAGUUUCACUGCACCAAUGGGAAUUGUUUGCGUCUGGGCUCACUGAUCUGCAAUCAGCUCAAUAAUUGUGGGGACAACAGCGAUGAGGAAAACUGUCCUGUGGUCACCCAACAUCCUCCACCAGGCAUCUUCAACUCUGAACUGGAGUUUGUUCAGAUCAUCAUCAUCAUUGUGGUGAUGACAGUCAUGGUCGUGGUGAUCAUCUGCCUACUCAACCAUUACAAGCUCUCCACCUUCAUAACAAGACAGAGCCAGGCCCGUAGGCACAACCAUUCUUUGCAUCAGGAUGGGUGUCUGUGGCCUUCAGAUAGCAACUCGCGACAAGGAGCCUCAGAGGUGUUCUAUGCUCCCCAGGCCAGGGAUCGCUUUACGGCUCCCGCCUUCAUGCACAGAGACCGCUUUAGCCGCUUCCAGCCCACUUAUCCGUACCUGCAACACCAGAUCGACCUGCCGCCUACCAUCUCGCUGUCAGAUGGUGAAGAGCCGCCGCCGUACCAGGGGCCCUGCACCUUGCAGCUCCGGGACCCCGAGCAGCAAAUGGAGCUCAAUCGAGAAUCGGUGAGGGCGCCACCUAACCGGACCAUCUACGACAGCGACUUGAUCGACAUGGGGGGUGGUGUGGGGAGCGGGGGAGGCGCGAGCGGUCCCAGGCCACCGAGCAAUAACUCGGGCAUCAGCCUGGCCAACUCCAGCAUCCACGGGCGUGUGGAAGCCCCCCCGCCCGCAUACAGCGAAGUUAUCGGCCAAUACCCCGUCUCCACGUUUUUUCUUCACCAGCAAAGCAAUAACCACAGGGUGGGGGAGUCAGAAGGGCCAGGAAGCAGGAUGAUCCAGCAGCAGAGUCAAUCAGAAAGCACAAUAGUCCCUUCCGAAGGGAAGGACGGCCAACCGGACGACUUGGUGUGA